UUCACAGAUUUAGAAUGAUGGCGAGUUAUAAGCUAGUAUAUUUUAACGUAAUGGGACUCGGAGAACCCAUCAGAUUUCUUCUCAGCUACGGGGGCGUUGAAUUCCAGGAUAUUCGCAUAAACUAUUCGUCGGAAGAGUGGUCCAACAUGAAGUCAAGUAUACCUUUUUUUACCUCAUUUCCAUAUGAAUUUCACGAUCUCCAACUAUAUUUUAAUGUUUUUUCAGCGACCCCGUUCGGUCAGCUGCCCACGUUGGAAAUCAACGGCAAAGUUUACUCGCAAACAUUACCUAUUUGCCGCUACCUGGCCAAACAGUUUAAUCUGCUUGGCAAAACUGAUUUGGAUACGUUGCAGAUCGACGCGAUCGCUAGCGCUCUUUACGAUUUCAGAUGGCUGACAAUAUCGUCUUAUUAUAGAGAGUCUAAUCCAGUUUUGAAAGCCAAAAAGAAAAUCGACGUAAUGUCAAGAGUGUUUCCGUUUUACCUGAAUAAACUGGAAGAUCUGGCAAAGAAUAACGGCGGAUAUUUGCAUGGCAAUCAGGUAAGCGUGUUUAAUUCAACAGUAUACGCAGAAUAA